AUGCUCGCCGUGGAUAUACGACCCCUUCCAGCCUUCCCGAGAGAGCCGGUGCCGCAGCUGGAAGUUGAACGCUCACUUGUAACAUAUGGUGACGCUCCAGGACCCUCCUCCCGACGACUUCCCUCCCGGACCGAACGACGGUUUGUCUGCACCUAUGAAGGGUGCGACAAGGCCUACUUCAAACCAUCCCGAUUGGCCGAGCAUGUCCUGACUCACACGGGAGAGCGUCCUCAUCAAUGUCCACACUGUGACCAGAGCUAUAUACGAUCGUCCCAUCUCAAGGCACAUGUCCGUACACACCUGUCUGUCGAUGACAAGCCCUAUGCGUGUAACAGGAGCGGAUGUGACAAGCGGUUCUGGACCUCCACCCAUCUGAAGCGACAUGAACAGCUACAUGACCAAACGCCGUCCUUUGAGUGCGAUACAUGCGGCGAGACAUUCCACAAGGCUCGUCAAUUAAGGGAUCAUCGAGUCCUCGAACACAUGCCGCCAGGCACAAAGGCUUACCCAUGUCCAAAUGACGGGUGUGAUUGGUCUUUCGCCCUCCAUCACCAGCUUAAAGCGCACCUCAAAACACAUGACACCACUCGGUACACUUGCACACAUCCUGACCAUGGUCUCGAUAUUCCCUCCUUCUCCACUUGGUCCAGUUUUCAAACUCACUUGCACGUUGCGCAUCCGCCGACAUGUCCUCAUGGAGAAUGUCACGGCCGGACGUUUAAGAACCACCAGCGUCUCAAGGACCACCUCAAGGUUCACGCAGAUCACGAACAAGAUGUUGCCGAGGCGAUUUCGACAGAUGACGAGACCAAGGAAUCGAGACGGGCCAAGAAGAGGAGAAUGAGCCGGGUCGAGGCUGAGAGACCGAACAAGCUGCAGCGGAUCAAGGACGGCCAGGCAGGCAAGGACUUUGCGUGUGGGGAGGACGGGUGCGAGAAGACUUUCAAAUCCGUAAGGUACACGGACGUGGCCUGUGCUGACUGGUAG